AUGAAAUGUUCUCAUAGAAGUUCGGAAGAUUUGUGGCAAAGUGAUGGAACCGGAGCAGAUCUAUUUGCUUGCGUAAUGUCAGAAAGACGAUUUCGAUUUUUAUUACGAUGUAUAAGGUUUGAUGAUAUUCGUGGGCGUACUCAAAGAAAAGAAAUAGAUAAGAUUACACAUAUUCGGUGGAUUUUUGAAAAUUUUGUCAGUAACUGUAAGAAAUCAUAUUCAAUAUCAGAAUACGCAUGUGUUGAUGAAAAGCUACAAUCAUUUCGUGGUCGAUGCUCAUUUCGGCAGUACAUCCCUAACAAGCCAGCCAAGUACGGCAUUAAAAUUUUCGCGUUGUGUGACAAUGUUACAUAUUAUACUAGUAAUUUAGAAAUUUAUGCAGGCAAGCAGCCAGAUGGCCCAUUUUCAAUCGACAAUUCUGCAAGUGAAGUAGUAAAACGGUUAGUGUCUCCAAUAUCUGGUAGAAAUAUAACGGCAGAUAAUUGGUUUGCGAGUAUAUCAUUAGCUGAAGAACUUUUGAAAAAUCAUAAUCUUACAUUAGUAGCUACAAUAAAGAAAAAUAAAAGAGAGAUUCCAAAAGAAUUUCUUGUUACUAAAAAUAGGGAACUUUGUUCUUCUUACUUCGGAUUUCAGAACAACAUGUCAAUAGUAUCAUAUAUGCCGAAAAAAAAUAAAAUUGUACUAGUUUUGUCAACAAUGCAUAGUAGUAAAACUAUAGAUGAAAGUUCAGGCUUAGCAAAAAAACCAGAAAUUAUAACAUUUUAUAAUGCCACAAAAGGUGCAGUUGAUAAUAUGGACAGGAUGACAGAAAACUAUACAGUAGCAAGACGGAGUAAUAGAUGGCCACUUACAGUAUUUUAUUCAAUUUUGAAUAUCGGUGCGGUAAAUGCUCAAGUUAUAUAUCACGAAAACAGUCAAGCUAAAUACACUCGUCUUCAAUUUUUAAAAAUAUUAGCAAAACAGCUAAUGGAUGAACAGUUACAAUAUCGUGCAACAAUACUUUCACUUCCAAAAAAUAUUAAAACGCGACUAAAUAUUUAUGGUUACAAACCAACAUUACAAGUAGGUGAGCAACGGGUAAGAGCGUCAGGAAGAUGUCAAUUUUGUGACCGCCAACGUGACAGAAAAACUACAAAAGUAUGCACUAACUGUGCAAAACUUAUAUGCAGAGACCACUUAGUAGAAGUAUGUCCAGAGUGUUUCAGUGAGAUGUAA